AUGGGGCAGAUGGAGCCACCGUUGGAAAACAAGGUGCAGCAGGACCGCAUGCCUCAUUUUGACGGUGCACGGACGCUGUUUGCCAUGUGGAUUGUGUGCCAUCACAUGGCUCCGCGGGAACCUACUUCCUGCUUGGAUGCUAUGCUCGUGAGAGUUGAUGUGGGCGUGGAAUUCUUCAUUUUGCUGUCUGGGUUUUUGACGCACCACCUGUACAUGGGCCAGGACAUCUCUGCUACCUGCGGAUCACUUUUUGCAUACUUUGUUCGUCGGGUUUUUCGAUGCCUUUUAGCCACCUACGUGGGCAUGGUGCUUUGUGCGCUGACACAAUGGCUGGGUGGGUUUGACGUGUGUACCUUGAAGACGUUGAGUUGCUUCCUUCUCUCCAAGACCUGGGUUGACCCAACGCCAAAUUGCCCGAAUAUGCCAUCUUGGUUUGUCGUGUCAUUGCUUCCAUGCUGGUUUUUGUACCCAUGGAUGAAGUUCCUACCGCAAGCGGGGAGCUCCGCCAAGCAUUGCAUGUGUUUGGCAUUCACACUUUGGUGCCUGGCAAUUGGUCCCCAGCUUUGUAUCCUGUUUUGGCAGAGAAGUUGGUUGAAAUGGAAUCAGCUUAUUUUCACUUGGUUUUGGCCACCAGCGUUGAUGCCAGACUUCAUGUUGGGUUGCUGCAUUGCAUCUAUCGUCCACCACAAUCCACCUCGUGCAGAGGUUGGAUGGAUCGGUGACAUUGCAAUUGUCGUCCUUGUUUGUGCCUGCAUGGUUGUUCCAGUUCCAACAACACCAGAGGAUUGGGCCGGUCCUGAUCAGUGGAGGCCCGGUCACUACGUCGCGUGGGAGCAGCUGUUUGCUCGACUCUCCGCGCCCUUCCUGUGCACUUUUCUAUAUUGCACAGCAUCCCAGAGUGGAGGAUCUUUGACAGCCAGUUUGCUGUCCCACAAGACCCUGGUGAGCCUCGGGCGAUACACCUUGGAGGUCUAUUUGCUGCAAAUGCCCUUGCAUGACUUCUUUUUGUGGACACGAGCACCAGGAGCUCAAGGUCUGUGGCAGGGCCUUCCAUGGACACCCGAGGUCUUUUGGUUCUACUUGCUUCUCCUUUGGGUUUCUUGUGUGAUGUUCGUGGAGUUCUUGGCAGAACCGCUGAAUCGAAAGAUUAAAGAUCGAAGUCUGAACUGGGUUGGAAAAUCGCUGUCACAGCUUUGCAUGUUGGAGCAUCAGCAGUUGUAA